AUGGCCAAGUAUCGCUUGGAGGAGGCCUCUACAGGCCGUGCUGGCUGCCAAAACAAGGAAUGCAAAGACCAGAAAAUCAAAAUCUUGAAGGGAGAGCUUCGUCUUGGGUCCUGGGUUGAUACAGAACGUUUCCAGAGUUUCUUCUGGAGACAUUGGGGAUGCGUCACUCCUAAGAUAAUUGCCAGCCUCAAUGAGACUAUUGAAGAAAGCAGUGGAAGCGAAGAGGAUAAGGAUUACACCGUUUUGGACGGUUAUGACGAGCUCUCUGCCGAGAAUCAGGAGAAGGUUCGUCAAGCGCUGGAACAAGGUCAUGUUGAUGAUUCCGAUUGGAAAGGUGAUAUCGAGAUGAAUCGACCCGGUAAGACCGGUUUCCGCACUCGUACGCCCAAGAAGAAGAAUGCUGGAGCGGAGGAGGAGGACGAGGAGGAAGAGAAGCCCCAGCCCAAGAAACGUGGUCGUAAGAAGGCAGAAAAAGAAGACACCGAAGAAGCUGCUCCGAAGAGGGCAAAGAGGGGUGGCCGCAAGAGGGCAGACGCUGAAGAAACUGCUCCGAGGAGGAUAAAGAAACGUGAGUGA